UCUACUCUCACAUUCUUGAAUAGAUUUUACGUACGUUUACUUGCGCUCGCAAGCAGGAAAUAACGCACCGGUACGCAAUUGUCGUACGUACGUUCUCAAUUUGCUCCUUGGAGAUUCCCCUUCCUUCCUAGGCUGUUUGAGCGACAGCGGAGCGCGCGAAGCUAAAGCCUGGAAAGGUUACAGAGGCUAAAGUACAACCCGGGAAGAACUUAUCGUCUCGAUGGCUGUUAAAAGUUAACGCACAGACGACUGAAAAACAGGCAUAAUCCCCCUUCUACCGACUUGAGGUGUACUGUUUGGCUGCUGAGAUGCUGAACACACCAUUUCCUGCUUUUGCUGGCCGAGUGAUUUUCUGAGCAUGUGCACUGGAAAGAGGAACCAGGCAUGAGACUGCACAGGCUGGGGAGAUGUGUCAGAAGGAAUGCGGGAGGAAUUAUGAGUGGCACUAUGGAAGACAUGGUGCAGAGUGUUACAAGCUUAAAGUCUACAAGAGGAAGUAUUAUGAGCCUUUGCUGUGAGAAAAUUGUAUUUUCUCCUCUCUGAGACCGACUGCUGGAUUGGAAUCAGCGCUCCAUGCAUCAAAUUACUAUCUGAAUUGAGAACCUCUUCCCCUGUGCACUGUGGGAUAUCCACCCUGAUCUGCAUUCUUGGCCACCUGCAAGUUAUGCAAAUUUUUUGAGUACCCUUAUCUUCGAUUCCCUGUUGCUGUUUUUAUUUGUUUUUACUCUAGCACCCUCAGAGUUCUUUUGCGGUAGGAAAUUCUUUCCUAUUUGAAGCAGAAAGUUGUCAGCAGGAAGUUUACAGCAAAUACAAACACAUGGUAAGGGUUGUUGUGGUCCAAACAACCCCUUUCGUCUCUUCCCAAUCAGUGUAUUUCAGUAUGCCUCACUGAACACAACGUGGAUCCCUUGUCAACUUUUGUGCUCUAGGGAGAAACAAAACCAACACACCCCCCUACAAGAGUGCAUUCACAAGACUAAUUUCCUACCGCUGUGGUGAUGGGGAGCUCAGCCUCAUCUCUCACUGCAGAGACCGAGUCAGACCAUGGUUUCCGCAGCACCCCGUAUCCAUCGUCACCCCCUGUGGGCUGGCUCAGGAACAGCCACAGCAGCCCGGUGUGGGGCACCACUUUCAUCACACGUCAGCAGCAGCACCCGCUGCCUCAUCGAGAGCGCAGCCACUCUCACUCUCCUGGCUCCAUGGCAGCAGCAGUGCGAGGCAGUGAGUGGUCAUGUGGACGCUGCACCUUCUUAAAUGCCGGCGCAGCACCUCGCUGUUCCAUCUGUGAGGCACCACGCCAGAAACCCGACCUUAACCAGAUCCUGCGGCUGAGCAGCACUGAGGAGCAUCGCUGGGCCUGUCCACGCUGUACACUCAACAACCCCCAGGGAUCUGGAGCCUGCUCCGUCUGCGGCUUUGGACCGUCUCCUUCUACUCACACACCCCCUACAACCACCAUAGCCGCCACUGCCAACGGCCUCCCGCCCGCUCCGACCGAACUCCCAACACCUACCGUCACCCCCACAGUUCUGCUUGAGCCCCAUGGACAGCAUCCAGCUAAGGAGGAAGUGCUACGACGGUCUGAGAGCAACGGAGAAGCGUGCAUCCUGGAGGGACAGCAGUCAGGCUGGGCUUGCCCUCGCUGUACACUUCACAACACACCCGUGGCACUGUCAUGCUCAGCCUGUGGUGGGCCCAGGAAAUUGUCUUUGCCUAAAAUCCCCCCUGAAGCAUUGGUGGUGCCUGAGGUGCGCACACCUGUGCUGGGGUUUCCUGUUCACACAGCAGGGGCUGCCCCGCUACUCAUAGACCUAACGGAUGACUCUCCCCCACCCCCUCCCUGUGAUCCUCAAGAACCUCCCCAUGUCUCCUCACAGUCCCUUUCGUCCCCUUUUACUGCUUUCUCCUCCUCCCUCCAAAACAACCCUGUGCCCCGCAGCAGGAGAGAGGUGCCCCCUACUGGGCGCCCACCAAACCCAGGCACCAAUACUCCCAGCCCCACUUCCCCUUCAGCGGCCAGUGUGCCACCCCAACCAGGCCCACAGCGGCCAGCCAAGCCCAAACAUGCCCAACCCCAGGAACCUUCAUACCCCAGCAAGCGCCUCAGUAUCUUGGAGGAAGAAGACCCUCAGCACCAUCCACUGACCCCCCAACUCCCUGUUGCUUCCUCAGCCGCCCUCACCUGGAAGUGCCCUAGCUGCUCGUUGCCCAACCCAUGUAGCUUGUCUAAGUGUGAGGCCUGCCGAUCAACACGGGCUGGUGCUGACCUCAUUGACCUGGUAGGCUGUGAGACGGUACGAUUUACCCCGGCCAGUCCCUCCAGCCCGGACUUUAGCACCUGGGCCUGUUCCAAGUGCACGCUGCGCAACCCUACAGGUGCACCCAAGUGCUCGGCCUGUGGUUCUUCCAAGCUGCAUGGCUUUCAGGAGCAGCAAGCGCCCCUGCCCCGCUGCUGUACACACUGUGGCCUCCCGCCGGGGCCUGGCACUACAUCAUGCUCCUGUACACCUUCCUCUUCUUCAUCCUCCUCGGGUCAUAAAACACGGAAGCAGGCUCGGGGCUUCCCUUCCUCCUCUUCUGCUAUUGCUUCUAGUUCCUCUUCCUCCUCCACCUCAUCUAGCCUUCAGGAGAAGGUAGGACACUGGAGCUGCCCAGCAUGUACGCUGCUUAAUGAUAUCAAGGCCAAGAACUGUGCAGCAUGCCACACACCCCAGCAGUACCUCACCCUUCGCAAGGUGGUUAAGCCUUUGAAGAGGAGGGAGAGCAUGCAUGUAGAGGCCCGUCGACGAAAUGAUGAGGGCGAGGCCAAAGAGCUUUUGGAGAACAUUGUCAGCUUCUGCAGAGAGAACGCUGUGAACUUUGUGGAUGACAGUUUCCCCCCGGGACCUCGCUCAGUGGGCUUCCCCGAGGGCGACAGCGUCCAGCAGCGAAUUAAAAAAUGGCUCCGUCCCCACGAGAUCAACUGCAGCAACUUCAAAGACCGAGGAGUCAAGUGGUCCGUCUUCCGCACACCACGGCCGUCUGACAUCCUGCAAGGCCUGCUCGGAAACUGCUGGUUCCUAAGUGCGCUGGCAGUGCUGGCGGAGCGUCCGGAGCUGGUGGAGAGGGUGAUGAUAACCAGGACCAUCUGCCCAGAGGGGGCCUACCAGGUUCGGCUAUGUAAAGACGGGACGUGGACGACUGUAUUGGUGGACGACAUGCUGCCCUGUGACGACUAUGGCUACCUCCUCUUCUCCCAGGCCCAGAGGAAGCAGCUAUGGGUGGCGCUGAUUGAGAAAGCCCUGGCUAAACUCCAUGGCUCCUACUUUGCCCUGCAGGCAGGGCGCGCCAUUGAGGGCCUGGCCACGCUGACAGGGGCUCCCUGUGACUCCCUGAUGCUCCAGGUCAGCUCCACCAACCCUCGGGAGGAACCCAUCGAUACAGACCUCAUCUGGGCCAAGAUGCUCAGCUCCAAGGAGGCGGGGUUUCUGAUGGGUGCAUCUUGUGGAGGAGGCAACAUGAAGGUAGACGACGUUGUCUAUGAGUCUCUGGGUCUGCGGCCUCGACAUGCCUAUUCCGUCCUGGACGUACGAGAUGUCCAGGGCUACAGGUUGUUGCGGCUGCGUAACCCGUGGGGUCGUUUCUCGUGGAACGGCAGCUGGUCAGACGAGUGGACAGACUGGCCACAGCACCUGCGUCACGAGCUGAUGGCGCAUGGCAGCAGUGAGGGUGUCUUCUGGAUGGAGUACAGCGACUUUAUAAAGUACUUUGACUCAGUGGACAUCUGUAAGAUCCACUCAGACUGGCAGGAGGUGAGGCUACAGGGCUGCUUCCCCAGCAAGGCCAGCGGCCCGGUCACCGUCACAUCCCUCACUGUGCUGGAGAGGACGGCGUUGGAGUUUGCUCUCUUCCAGGAGGGAAGCAGGCGUUCGGACACAGCUGACAGCCACCUACUGGACCUGUGCAUCAUGGUGUUUCGGGCCUCCUUCGGCAGCGGCAACAAGCUGACUCUGGGACGCUUGUUGGCUCACAGCAAGAGAGCAGUGAAGAAGUUUGUUGGCUGUGAUGUGAUGCUGGAGCCGGGGGAGUAUGCUGUUGUCUGCUGCGCCUUCAACCACUGGCAGAUGAAUGUCAGCGAGACAACAGGAGGUCCACCCACGCCUGUCUCAAGUCCCACCAGCGGAGCGCCAAGACGGCCCAGCCAGGACUUCCCCGGCUACAUUCUUGCUAUCUACAGCUCUAGACAGGUGAUGGUGGAGCAGGUGGAGGCGACCGCCACCACACUGGCCGACGCCAUCAUCCACCUCACGGAAAACAAAGGCGAGAGACAUGAGGGCCGCGAGGGCAUGACGUGCUACUACCUGACCCACGGCUGGGCGGGGCUCAUCGUGGUGGUGGAGAACCGCCACCCCAAAUACUACCUCCACGUCUCUUGUGACUGCACUGACAGCUUCAAUGUGGUGUCCACACGCGGCAGCCUCAAGACCAUCGAUAGUGUACCGCCUUUGCACAGGCAGGUGCUGGUGGUGCUUUCACAGCUGGAAGGAAAUGCCGGCUUCUCCAUCACCCACCGCCUGGCUCACCGCAAGGCAGCCCAGGCCUCCCUGGGAGACUGGACCCCCACCAAGGCCACCCACAGCCCCCAGCUCACUCCGGACAUUGAUGGCCUGCACCGGCCCAGGCCACUAUGACCACUGCCCACCAUCUCACAUACACACAGACUAUAAUCCAUUGAACUGUCAGACCACUGAAAAACCAGGCAAGGGAGGGCGAGUGGUGUGUGCAGCGCUAAAACAUUAAGAAAGAUGUGUAUUUGUGUGUCUUUUUGGAUGAACACACACCUGAAUGUAAAGCAUAAAUGGGCAUCAUUUAUAUGCUGUCCUCCUAAUGCUCCACAAAUGCUGAAGUUCUCAUCUAGCCCACACGCACUCUCGCCCUUGCCAAAGUGGAUGUGCCAUGUCAGGAUGAAAUGAGGGAAGCAGACCACAUGGAGUGACCGGGACUUACUCACAAAACAAUUUUUCACCCAGGCACCAAACAGGAUCCAGUUCAGACUACUUAAAAUUCUGGAUGUUUUUGGUACAAGCGCUGUAAGUGGAACAGAUGUCACUCCUGAGUUUCAAAUGCUUGGAGACGACCCGGCUUUCAGUGAGCUUCACAGAAGUCAGGCUGGAGUGCCGUAACUACUGAGCCAUUUUCCGGCCCACAACCUCUGAGCCAGUCACCUGCAACGAUCAGACACUUACCCCUAUGUCAUCCACAAGGACAGCUGACAAAGCAGAAGACUUCAGGGGGAGUUUGUCUUGCCCAGCCCUCACUAGGUACUUAAUGAGCCAAACCCAACUUCUAGUUUUACACAUAGUCAUACAUGUUUUUUUUAUUUGAGAAUAUACACAUCGGUCUUACUUGUUUUAUACACAACCUUUGUUGCCGUCUUGUCCAUAGUUGUGUUUUUGAGGUCGUAGAAAAAGCCAUCAUUCAUACAGUACUGUCUGUCCCCACUCUCCAUCAUCACCGCAGUGCUGUCUAGCGCUCUCUCUAGCUCAGGACCAAACCCAUGAUUUCUACAAUAAGCUGGAGUCAAGCAAAACCUCAAGCUGAGGUUGUGGCACAUGUGUGGUGGCCAGAUAGCUGGAAUAGCAUCUUUAUCUCUGUUGUUCAUAAACACUUACAAGCCAUCCUGUGAAAUACUGACACAUCAUAGAAUUCCCACCACGUUUUUCCCUACAGAGAAACAACCACUGUACCUCCCCUUUUUCCUUUCUCUCACUUACUUUAAUUCAUUUUCACUCAGCCUCAGCUUGGGGUCUAAACGCUGGAAGCGAGUCAUUACAUGACCAGCUUUGUACUUUUCCCCUCAGGCACGCUGGGUUUUCUCAUCCAGUUCAGUAGUCAGUUUAUAUAUUUACACAUAAAUUCACACCUGGGGUGCAACUCUCCUCUCUAGACAUCAUAUAGAGUGAAUUAAUGCUGCAUCUUGCACUCUUGGAUUGUGACACCCCAAAAUUUGUGUCUGAUCUUUUUUUGGUACUGAAGGUCAGUGAGUAUUUGUCUAUUUCUCACACUUCAACAGUUUGCCAGUGUGUUGAUUUACACUUUAGUGUACUUAGGGAGUACUAGAGGAGCUAGUGGCUGUUUGAACAGUCAGUUUGCCAUAGGGGAGCUCUUAAGAGGAGCUGCCGAGUUUACUUUGGGAGGUCGGACCAUUUUUGUUUGCUUGGGUGCAGCGCGAGCAUCUGGGCCACCUUCCCACAAGAAUACACCGACAGCACAUUAGCGACAGCACAGUGUCCUCGUGUAAUAACAAAUUACCAUUUUGUCAGACUGCGUGCACACAUAACAAGAGAGAGAAGGGACCUCUGAGACAUGUUGUGACACAGAAAAUAGUUUAGCUCCCUCGCAAUUUGGGCUGUAUUGUUUGAAAGGAUGGGCUGCCUACAGCUGUUUUAUGUAGGUCCCUUUUUUUAGGGCCCCACCCACUUGUUCUUUCCAAUUUCUCCAGUGUCAAAGCCAUUACUCCUGUUUUACUAAGGCUCUUUCAGUCCUCACCAUGGCAACAUAUAGAUGUUUUAUCAGAGAGAGAGGGGAAAAACUAAUGUGAUACUAUAGUAACAGGAUGGAGUGGGAGACUUUUUUUCAAAUCAAAGUUGGUGUCUUACCGUUACGUAGUGAAAUGGGGAAAAACUUGAAAACUGUUAAGCAAAAUACUCAUACAAUGAAUUACAUGCAUCAUCUCAUGAGCUUCGUCCCUUUUGUUGGUAUUGUCAGCGUCGAUGCUAAAUGGCAGCACCGUGUCCCGAUGCUUGCAGUCUUACGUCUUCUGCACAACCAUGUCUACCAGCGCUGGUAGGCUGUACUUCACAACAUCUUCAGGACAGUUUGUAAGAAAACUACUACAGCAGUGUAAAGUUUCUUUGAUGAAACCUGAAGCUGGCGUAACUGUAAAUAUGUUUUCCAAAGAAACAUAAUGUGUAAUGACCACUUUCAGAUGUCUGUCUGCCCUGUGUGUGUGCGUGGGUUGCAGCCAAGUAGCUGUGAAAUCAGUGUCUAAUUUAUUUGUAUAAGUGAUUUGCAGUCCUGCUGCCUAAUGAAUAUUGUUGAAUACUGAACUGAUGAAUGACAGAUAAAGGAAUGUGAUAAUUUAUGGCUUUAGUUUGAGCCCAGAGGGAUUAGUUUGACAAGAAAUUAACCUGCACUGAAACACCUGCAAUGAUAAGGCACCUCGAAAUUCAGUGUCACUGCUGGAUCACUUUACAUUUACAUGAGAUUGACUUUUGUUUUAUACUAUGAUUUUUGACAUAAAUGUCAUGUUGGCUUGUGCUGGUGACCUAUGAACCUACUCCUCUUCUGUGAAGUUGUGGUGGUGACUCUUCUGUGCGUCAUGGGCGCCCCCUGCUGCUGAAGCAGCUGCAGCCUGGGAAAAGCUGGCCUUUCACAGCCAACACAACGCCUUUUCUCUCUCUUCUCCUUUGUCUGGUUCUCUCCUUGUAAAUUGUACAAACUGCAAACUUAAGCCACACAAAAGAUUUAAAAAAAAAAACUAAGAAAAAAAAAUAACUGACCCUUUUAAACUUGUAAAAAAAAAUUAAAGGAUGAUAGAAACAAAAAAAUGAAAUUUAAUGCGGAAAAAAAUGAAUGUGAUAUAUUUUAUUGAUUUUUUUCUGGCGGGGAAUAUAAAUAUAUAUGUGUACAAACAUGUAUGUUUGAUUUUCAAUCUCAGGUUCCGAUGGACCAAAUAAAUUUUUUUAAAUUAAAA